AGGAACUUUUGCCACCAAGAAGAAGUGGAUCAGAAUGUAUGUCAUCCAGUGCUACGCUCCUACAAAUGAAGCUGAAGAGGAGAUAAAGGACGACUUUUAUUACCAGCUUCAAGCAGUGCUGGACAGAAGGGGAGCUAAAGACAUCACAAUCCUCAUGGGUGACUUCAACGCCAAGAUUGGAGUAGAUAACACAGGAUAUGAGGACGUCAUGGGCAUUCACGGACUUGGACAGAUGAAUGAAAAUGGCGAGCGCUUUGCAGACCUGUGUUCCUUGAACGAGUUGGUGAUUGGAGGAAGCAUCUUUCCACACAAGCGAAUUCACCUGGCCACAUGGAGGUCUCCAGACCACAUCACGGAAAACCAGAUCGACCACAUGUGUAUCAGUAGGAAAUUCAGGAGAUCCUGCCAGGACGUACGGGUGAUGUGAGGCGCCGAUGUGUCAUCUGAUCACCACCUGCUCCUGAUGACAGCUAGGCUCAGACUCAAGAAGUUUCA